AAACACUAACCAGACCCGUAAACAAUCGAAAGCCCGCCGGGGUUUCGGAAGAUUUAACUUCGUAUAAAAGUAAUUUGUAUAAUUAUCGCUUGUAAAACAAUAUAACCUAUUAUGUAUUCAUCCAAGAAGCUGUAAAUUAUAUAAUUAUUACAAAAUCGAGUAAAGUUUUCUGUUAUACAAAAUCAAAAACAAGAUAGGGGCGAGACCAGACAAGACUGACAAGAUAUUUGCGUGCGUCAACAAAGUUGAUGCGUUCUUUUAGUGACUGCAUUUGAGUAACCAAAGUCAUCGAAGCGAACAAAAUGUCUUCGAGACCAUCUAGACCAGCACCGCCUCCGCCUAAGCCAGGCAGCGUCAAAGUGUUCAGGGCACUCUACAAGUACACCGCACAACAGCCGGAUGAACUCUCUUUCGAAGAGGGCGACCUCCUCUACGUCUUCGACAUGACCUCUGACCCGAACUGGUGGAAAGCACGAUGCGACCGAAAGAGCGGGCUUAUUCCAAGCAACUACGUCGAAGAAAAUGCCGAGGAACUGCUCCACCCCCUCCACGACUCCGCCAAGCGAGGGAAUUUGCACUUCCUGGAAGAGUGUCUCGCCAACAAGGUUCCCGUAAACAGCCUCGACAAAGCGGGCUGCACCGCGCUACACUGGGCGUGUCACGCCGGACAUGUGGAGUGUGCCAGGAUCCUGCUUUCUGUUCCCGGAGUACACAUUGACGCUCAGAACAAGCUCGGCGACACGGCACUCCACUCAAGUGCAUGGAAAGGACACGCAGACAUCACCAGAAUGCUUCUAGCAUCAGGUGCCGACAAGACCUUGAAGAACGGGGAAGGAAGGACUCCCCUGGAACUCACGACCGAUCCCGAAACCGUCGCUCUUCUUAGGACGUCGACACGGAACUCUACGUCCGCAGAUGCCGAGGAGUACCUGCAAUCUGACGAAGACUCGAGCUAACCUCGCGCACCUUGCACCUUCAAAGAGGGACCCAGUCAUUCCAAGAGCGAAAGCCUAACUAUAUUUUUGUACUUUCCCUGUCUCCAGAGUGGGUCAAAUUAAAUUUGUUUUUAACGAGUGAA